UAACCCAAUGCGAUAGCGAUUAUAUAAAUCAAUGAAUUACGACAAUUUUUUCACUAAUCGUAGGAACUUUGCCAUACAUUCAUGGCUUUAAAUUAGUCAGUUAAUUAUUAGUAGUGACAUUUAAAAUAUAUUCAAUAUGAAUAAUUCAGAGAAAGGAGGCAACGUAAACCCUGGGUUCGAGAUAUCUGAACCUAGGAAGUCACUUGACGCAAAGUUCCCUGACAAUGUCAUCAACGAAAAGGGCGAAGAAGUCGAUGAGGAAGACUCACGGCCGAUGUGGGGAAACCAACUCGAAUUUCUUAUGUCAUGUAUUGCUACAUCAGUCGGGCUUGGUAACGUUUGGCGAUUUCCAUUCGUCGCUUACCAGAAUGGAGGUGGAGCCUUCCUUAUUCCCUAUAUUAUAGUACUGAUUCUCAUCGGAAAACCCAUGUAUUAUAUUGAGGGAGUCAUGGGACAAUUCAGCUCGAGAAAUUCCUUGAAGAUCUGGGCCAUAGCUCCAGCUAUGAGAGGUCUCGGAUAUGCACAAGCUUUGGCCUGUGGUUAUAUUCUCUCCUACUACGUAUCAAUCAUCGCUUUAUGUAUCUACUAUCUUGCCAUGAGCUUCCAAGCCCCCUUGCCGUGGGCGGUAUGUGAUCCUUCCUGGGUAAAUUGUGUGCCCUCAUCUAGUACAGGGGAGAAUGCUAACGUAGUUAAUGGAACAAGUAGUGCUGAAUCAUAUUUCAUAAAAACUGUUCUUCAGCGGAACAAUGGACUUGAAGAGGGCCUUGGUCUCCCUGUUUGGUACCUGGUACUUUGCCUGUUAGCGUCCUGGAUAAUAAUCUUUGUGAUCGUUUCAAGAGGUGUUAAAAGUUCAGGCAAAGCAUCAUACUUCUUGGCACUCUUCCCUUACGUGGUGAUGAUUAUUCUUCUUAUCAGUACAGUAAUUCUUCCCGGAGCUGGGAACGGUAUUUUGUUUUUCAUCACACCAGAAUGGAAUAAAUUGCUGGAACUUGAUGUAUGGUAUGCUGCUGUCACACAGGUGUUCUUCUCUUUGACAGUCUGCAACGGACCCAUUAUUAUGUUCUCCUCUUAUAAUGCCUUCAAACAAAACGUAUACAGAGACGCGAUGAUUGUUACUACUUUAGAUACCUUCACCAGUUUGUUAUCCGGAGUCACAAUUUUCGGUAUUCUUGGAAAUUUGGCAUACGAAUUAAGAAGAGAAGUUGGUGAAGUUGUCGGUUCUGGAGGAACGGGACUCGCUUUCGUUUCCUACCCUGAUGCUAUUGCUAAGACUUUCCAACCACAGUUAUUCUCAGUGCUCUUCUUCUUGAUGAUGACUGUACUUGGUAUUGGAUCAGCUGUAGCACUCUUGUCAUCUAUUAACACGCUUCUCUUGGACGCUUUCCCUCGCGUUAGAACUGUCUUCAUGUCUGCCUUCUCAUGCACUGUCGGUUUUGCUUGUGGUCUUGUGUACAUCACGCCUGGUGGAGCAUAUGUAUUGGAGUUGGUUGACUAUUAUGGUGGAACUUUCCUUGUUCUUUUCUGCGGUAUCAUUGAAGUUAUAGGUUUCUUCUGGAUUUAUGGUCUGGAAAACGUAUGUUUGGACAUAGAAUUCAUGUUGAACAUAAAGACCUCUAUAUACUGGCGUUUCUGUUGGGGUUUCAUUACACCAGCUAUGAUGGUUGUCGUCUUUGUUUACGCUCUCAUGUCCUUCGAUAGUUUAGAGUUCGCUGGAUAUACAUACCCAUUAGCUGGUUAUGUUUCUGGAUACCUGAUGCUGUUCGUUGGAGUUUUCUUUGUUCCUCUCGUUAUUCUGCUGACAUUCUACAAAUACAGAAGCGGCAGUUUCUAUGAUACCCUGAAGAAGUCUUUUACACCCAAAGAAUCUUGGGGUCCCAGGUCUGCAAAGACUAGACGCGAAUGGAAACUUUUCAAAGAGGAAGUUGAAAGGGAAAGAAGUAUGGUGCCGAGAUCAUGGCUGAAACACGUCGGUUUAAGUCUGAUAGGAGGAUACAAACGUCCUUGAUAAUAUUAUUUUGAAAUUAUUUAAUUAGUAAUAGUUAAAACAAAUGAAUCUGAAAACUUAAUAGAGCUUAAAUUUCUUUUCACUCUAUUGUUUAGGACAUAACGUAUCAAGGAAUAGAUACGCAACAUGUCAUUAAGCAAUUUCAAUAAAUAUAUGUUUUUUUAUUUUUGUAAAUAUAGUAAACGUAAAAUGUAUAAGUAGUGAAAAAGGCAUUUGACAACUAUUCCACAUUAUAUAUGUGACUAACUUCAUGCGGUCAAUUAAAACGCGAAGUUUUACUUAUUUCAGACAGCACUAUUCUGUUGUAGGAUUUAUUAUUAUUUAUAGCAACACAUUUAUUUAAGUUAAUUACUAAGUUUUGUACAAUAAUAGGUAAAUAAACAAAUAAUAAAAAUAAAUAAUGAA